UCUCUAUACCAGUUUGACCUUGACCCUAUAAAUUACUCUGUGCUGUGCCUUGACUUGACCUUUUGGCAUCCUUUCGAUGUUUUGAUUUGGUUUGGUCUAAUGGUUAUACUGGUUUUGGGCUGUUUUGUUCAUGAACUGUGGCUUAGGUCUUAUGCAAAUAAGUUUGGUUCAUUUAUCCACUGAAAAUAAGUUUAAAUGUUAUUUCACAGGUUCUUAGGAAGUGCGUUAGUGUUGCGAUUAGCCAAUAUUUGCAGCUACAACGUCAUGGCAUGCAGUGGGAACUGUAACUACAGUACAGAUAAGCAGCUAAACUAUUUGAGUCAAGAAAAUGCUGCAGCUUUGGAUCAAGAGUUAUUCAAUGAGUACAAGUUUAGUGUUGACCAGCUUAUGGAGCUAGCAGGGUUGAGUGUGGCUACUGCGGUUGCCCGUGUUUUUCCUGCUUCAACACAUAAAUCAGCUCUGAUUAUUUGUGGGCCUGGUAAUAAUGGCGGAGAUGGAUUAGUAGCAGCUAGACACAUGACUCUAUUUGGUUACUCUGUAGCCGUAUAUUACCCAAAGAGGACACCAAAACCUCUUUAUGAAAAUCUCCUUUUGCAAUGUGAAAGAUUUGGUGUAAACGUCAUAAAUGAUUUGCCACCACCUGAAGAGCUUAAAAAUGAUUAUAAUGUUUUGCUGGAUGCUCUGUUCGGUUUUAGUUUCAAACCACCAGUCAGAGAUGCAUUAAAACCUGCUUUAGAUGCAUUAAUCGUUUCAGGAUUGCCAGUGUGUAGUGUUGACAUCCCUAGUGGAUGGCAUGUGGAGACAGGCCCAGAUUCAGAGAACUCCCUGAAACCUGCACUCCUAAUUUCACUAUCUGCUCCUAAGCUGUGUGCCAAACCAGAAAUAUUAAAAAAUGUAAAGCAUUUUCUAGGUGGUAGGUUCUUGCCUCCUGGGAUUGUAAAGAAAUAUAAUCUAACGUUGCCACCUUACCCAGCUCAGGAUCAAGUGGUAGAAUUAUAAAAAGAAUUGGUCACAAGUUGGUGUGAACUGGUGGAUGCAAGUAAUGUUUUAAUAAAUUAAAUAAAUAGUAUAUAAGUAAUUUUUUAUUCUAUUUGAUGUUUUGUAUAAAAAAUAAUAAUUAAUAUAUGCUUUUAAGACUGA